AUAAAAGCAGAGCGGGGUGACAGCCCUUGCUUUUUUGCAAAGAAGCAUCUUCUGUGUGCGCACAAUAGAGAAUUAACCAGGCCGGCAAGCAAGCGGCAGUAUCGAUCGCUCGCUUCUCCGCCUUAAGGAAGGAAACCUUGCUCUUCUGCAAAUCCCUCUCUCCUCCUUUGCUGCCAUGAAAGCCAUCAGCCCCGUCAGAUCGGUCAGGAGCUGCUACGAAGCCGUGUGCUGCCUCUCGGAUCAGAGCCUCGCCAUCACCCGGGGAACGAACAACAAGAGCCCGGCUCUGGAGGAGCCCAUGAACCUCCUUUACGACAUGAACGACUGCUAUUCCAAGCUGCGGGAGCUGGUGCCGGGGAUCCCGCAAGGCACCAAAGUCAGCCAAGUGGAAAUCUUGCAGCACGUCAUCGACUACAUCUUUGACCUGCAGAUCGUGCUGGAGGAGCAGGCGAAGAAGGGGCAAGAUCCGUCCGCAGCCGAGACUUCCCUACUCUCUUUAAAAGUAAGGAGAUUUCCCUUAGAAGGAAGAGGUGGCGAAAACCCAGGGAGCCUUCGUGGGCGCACACAAGGUUGAGGGGCGGGGGGGGGGAGCCAGGGAAAAUGCUGUUGCUAUAGACGCGCCAUCUAGGCUAAUUUGGGUUAUGAGUUAAAGUAAUGAUCUAACGGGCGCCAGCGGGAGCCGCGUCCUGCCUGCGCUCCGCAGAGCGCUGUAAGGCAAAUUGCAGUGGGUCGCGAGAUAAUCCGUCCUUUGCGCUAUCCAGCCUUGAGCAAACUGUGGGCGCCUCUAAGGCUGUGGAGUCCUAUCGCAAACUGGCUGCGGGAGUACUUUGCUUGCUCGGGAAUAGGCGCACAGUUUGCGCUCUUCUCUGCCAUAUGCGUUGGGAGGGAGGGAUUUAUGGGCACUUUUGGUUCCACUGACAGCUGCACCUUCAGCAGGGUCUAAACUGCGGUCCUAAACGUUUUACCUCCAAAAGAAGAUCCGCUGUAUUUAUUUGUUGGGGGGGUGUUUUUUAAUCUUAAUAAUCUUUUUAAUCUUAAUAAAGUGCUUGGGAUCCCAGGUUCAGUGGGACUACUUGAGCAGGAUCUAAGAUAACAAUCUUGGGUUCUGAUCCUAAGGACCCCAUGCUAAACACAUUUGAUGUAAAUUGAAUUGGCACUGCUGUCCAUUCAGGCUGCAAUCCGUGGCAUUUUCCUGGGAGUAAACCCUGUUGAAUGUAGUGGGACUUCUGGCUAGGCUUGCAUUGUCAGUCAAUAGGUGUUGCUCAGCAGAAAUCCCACUGAAAAGUCAAUAGGAUCAUGGUCCUGUGUGCAGCAAACCCAUUCUCACUGUUCCCAAUCUUUAUUUUUUUGUAUCAUGUGGCAUAUAUUAAACUGUGAACUCAGUAUCUCCUUAACGCUUCUCUCCCCUUCUCCCAUAGGCUGCAGAGCUGGCAUCAGAACUUUGCUCAAAAGAGGAGAGGAAUCUCUGCCACUAACCUCUUAAAACAGGUAACAGUCAAGAAAUACCCAAAUUAUUUUUUGCCCCAUCCCCGAUCUCAACCAGCAAGACACCUCAAGCAGGUUUUUUAUUAAAAAACAACCACCAAAAUAUUUUUUAAAAACCCUACAGUCAGUCUAGAAAUCUAGAUUUGCACCCCAAUGUUUACUCCAGAGUAGUCCUACUUGACUGCCCUCCCUGGAACAGAUUGUGGUCUUUAGAGCCCCUUGUCACUGCUUGGCAAUAAGGCAGCAGCCUCAGAUGCCUCCAUGCUUUUGCCUGUAAAUGGAGUCAUUAUUUUUACAAUGUCAUUCUUUUUAUAGCUUUAAGUCUCUGCAGCUGCUUAAACAGCCCUGUUGAAAUCAGUGAAUCAAGAGGCACUCUUCUUCUUUCUCUCUCCCUCUCUUCUCUUCUCCCCCCUCUUCUUUCUUUUCUUUUCUUUUUUUAAAGUCGAGAAGACACCACUAAACGAGCUUGUCCCCUCCCUCAGAAUCUGUAAUUUUAGAUACAUCUGCAGAAAGUUAGAAAACAGAAGGGUCCAUUUCAUUCCACCCUCUGCUGCCCCGCCUGCUUUAGAUUUUUGGUGCCAAUUAGCAAACCUCCAGCUUAGAGUGUUGGCUCCUGAUUCCUUAUCAGCUGGAGGUAAAUAGAAGCUUCCUCCCUGGCGCCAGGAUGUCUGCAGACCUGCCUCUGAUCUGUUGCUGAAACUGACAUGUCUUUCUCUCCCGCCUCCUCCCCCUCCCCCCUCCCUCCCCCUUUUUUCAGACUGCAGGUGUGGGAUCCUGACACUUGGUUCUCUCCAGUGAGACAGAAGAUAGGAGAAGAGGAGAGAGAAAAAAGAUCUUGAGUGGGGAAAGGAUCUGACGUUUUAACCCCGUGCAUCCAGUAAUGGAGAGACCUCCAUCAUUAUCUUCCAGAUAAACUGUGGAACAUGGGUCUUGCCCGGCAGUUUCAGAUGCCUUGACUGGUCUUCCAGAAACAACUUUCUGCCCUCAAUCUGUUGUUCUCUUCCAACUGCCUGAAAACAAAAUUUGCAGGCCAGAGGAGGGGGGCGGGCGGGUUGAAAGCAAGCCCACCUUUUAAUCCACUCUCAGAUUUAACUAUCGGAUUGCUGUAUUGCACAAGAAGAAACUUUGUGGGGUUUGAGUGUGUGUGUCGGGACGGUUUUUUUUUAAAAAAAAGCUCUGAGCCAUCAGAUUUUUCGCGUUGAUCCUGGUCGGGAGAUUUCUUAGUGAAAUCGCACACUUCCAACAUUGCAACAACUUGUGACAAAUGUGGACCGAUCUAUCGUUUGCUCAGAAAAAAGGGCAACAACAAAAAAAAAAACUUUGCAGAUAUGCAGCUUGUAUGUAUAUUUUGGAUUAUAGUUUUUUAACAUCAUUUUUGGGGGGGUGGAAGGGGACUUUCAAGAACAUGAAAACUGAGGUGUCUUGGGGCUGUUUCGCCUCAUGGUUUUUAUUGUUGAACUCUAUAAUAGAGAGAACACAUGUACCUUUUUUUCGCAGGAAGGUUAAUUUCUGCAUCCAUGAAUUGUACUUCCUUUGGUUAAAAAAAAAAACUUUUUAUAAAAGUUUCUUACAUAAUAAAUUUUAAGCUGGUUUUUUUAAAAAAA